AUGGCUCUCGUCGAUUCCCAGUUGCCGUCGCAUAUCAAACAUGUCGAAGUUAAAGGCCCCUCAGACUCGAAGCCAACCACGAUCUUAGAGAGUGAGAUCAAUGGAUCUGCCUCAGACAAGGCAGACAUCCAAUUUGAGUUGGAAGAACAUCCAGUCGAUCAGGUGCGACCCAUCAAAGUGGGUGUCAUCGGCGCGGGGCUCACAGGUAUCACUGCGGGUGUAAUGUUGCCCGCCAAACUGCCGGGACUUGAUCUUCGAAUCUAUGAAAAGAACGCCGACGUGGGAGGAACUUGGUUUGAGAAUACCUACCCCGGCGUUCGUUGCGAUAUCCCCGCGCAUGUAUAUCAGUCAGGAAUCUCGCCAAAUACACAGUGGACCGAAGAGUUUGCUCAAGGUGCAGAGAUCAGAGACUACUGGCAGGGUGUCGCAAAGAAGCAUAACGUCUACCAGUACCUCCGCGCGGGACAAAAGGUACAAAAGGCCGAGUGGCACCCCGAGAAGGGCAAGUGGAAGGUUACGAUCGAGCAUGUGGACGGAUCAAAGAUCUACGAGGAGGAGCUGGACGUGAUAAUCAACGCCAUUGGCCAUUUCAAUGAAUGGAAACUGCCCGACUACGAAGGCAUCAAGGACUACAAGGGAACAUUGUUCCAUUCCUCCAACUGGGAUCAUAAUCUUGAUCUGAAAGGGAAAAGAGUGGCUCUCAUCGGAAACGGCGCAUCUGGCCUCCAAGUCCUUCCAUCAAUUCAACCGUUGGCAAGUCACGUCGACCAUUACGCCCGGAAUCCAACCUGGAUCGCGGAUUCCUUCAGCAGCGGAAAUGUGGGCGUCCGUCGCCUGGAGCCAAAUGUGAUACCCGAGGAGCAGCGCGAAUCAUUCAAAGACCCGGAGGUCUACCUGAAAUACCGAAGAGAGAUCGAAAGAGGCUACUUCGAGCGAUUCGGAGCAAUUUUCAAAGAUACACCGGAGAACCAGGCUCUUCGCGAGAAGUGGACCAAUCUGAUGCUGAAUCGAAUCAAAGACAAGCCCGAGCUGGGCGAGAAGAUCCUCCCAGAUUUCCCACCCAACUGCCGUCGCCCAACGCCAGGUCCCGGAUACCUCGAAGCCCUGUCCCAGGACAACGUCGACUACAUCCAAACGCGAAUCAAGCGCUUUACCGAGACUGGAAUAGUGACGGAAGACGGCAUCGAGCGCCAAGCCGAUAUCACAAUCUGCUCCACCGGAGCAAACGUAGACCACGCACCCCCCUUCUCAAUCAUCGCCAACGGAAUCGAUCUCAAGACCGCCUGGAAGCGAGACGGCCAUUUUGGCUUCCCAUACUCUUACCUCGGCUUUGCAACUCCCGGCUUCCCCAAUCUCCUCUGGCUAGGCGGGCCCUAUGCAUCCGGUCACAGCGGCACGGUUCCAAACAGCGUCGAGAAUGUCGUCACAUACAUAGCCAAAGUGCUUCGAAAGAUCCGCAGCCAAGGAAUCAAAUCCAUUGAGCCGGCCAAGCAGGCCGCUGAUGAUUUCGUUGCGUACUGCGACCAGUUCUAUCCUCGCACCGUGUGGUCGGCCAAUUGCAGCUCCUGGUAUAAUGGUGGUCAGCCUGGUGCAAGGAUCCAUGGUCUUUUCCCUGGAAGUGCUGCUCAUGCGAACUACAUCCGCCGGGAUCCUCGCUGGGAAGAUUGGGAAUAUACUUAUGUGAAUCCCAGUGGGAAUCGAUUCGCCUACUUUGGUAACGGAUGGACCACUAGAGAAUUAACACCCGGGGCGGAGCUGACUCCGCAUUUGAGAUUACCAGAAGAUGUGGACUUGAAGUCUUACAUGGAGGGGUGGUGGGAUGUUUGA